AUUUUCACACAAAAUCCCCUUGUGUAUUUCUGCACAAAAUGAUUACCUGUCACGACCCAGGCUACAGAGCACCAAUAACCAUACGCAGAGGCCAGAUUCUAUCUAAUAUCUUUAUUAAGGAAAUAUAUAAAGUUAGUAAAAGCAAAUGUAAAAGUUAGUCCAGAAGUAGACCUUUCAGGGAAGGUCAAAAUUAGUCCAAAGAAACAAUGUCCAAUAUGAAAUAUUAAGGUCCAAAGUUGUAAUCCAAUAACCGAAACACUCACUUUGCCAGGCAAAGUGAGGGGAGAUGACAAGGUCCUUUAGUCCAUGAACUUGAGCAAGGCUAGGAAAUAACUUGAUACUUGAAACAAGGCUUGAAACGUGGAACAAGGUAACGAGGAACAAGAACAAGGUCCGUGGAAUAACUUGGUAAAAUCCGUGAAACAAGGCAAGGUUUAGUCCUGGGAAAACAAGGCAAGGUCCGUUGGUAAACAAAGGCUGGGAAACAGGAGCGAAGGCUGGAAACAAGGCAAGGCUUGAGCAGGAACGAGGCUAGAAACGGAGCGCGCUGUCCAGACACAACUCGCUCCGGAGGCUGACGAAUUGACUCCGCAAAGUUACUCCGCGGGUAAAACACCUAUAUAGAGUCUAACUUUCCCGCCGAGAGCAGUUCUCUGGGAACCAGAAACGAAAGCUAAUCUCUGAGACCAGAUGUUUGACUCCUUAAAGAUUCUCAUGGAAAGUAGGCUUAAUUGGCAAAUUCUUAGCAAUUAUUCUCGCACUCCUGCGCGAGGCUGCUUCCAAGCCUCUCUGUUGUUUACAAAACUCAUGGCGAGAAAACACUGGAGAUGUAGCCUCAGUAUUUGUUUGACAUACUUCUGGAACAUAAUCCUCUUGCAGGUGCAAGGUUCCCAGAUCUGGCUGGGAAGAGUCUGUCUGGGAAGAAUCCAGUUCUGACUGGGAAGGUAAAAAACCCAAGUUUUCUUCUUCAUCAGGCAUCACAAUGUCAUGAGCAGGACUACAAGGCCCAUGGGUCAUCACAUUACCCAAAAUAUAUUGAGAUGUGCAAAAUCAGAUCUGGAUCCCUCAUCGGAAAGAGUGCUGCCCCCUACUCACCGUACCAGAUGUCCCCCUGACUGCUUUUAGCCUCCAAUGAAUCAUGUUCAACCCAAUGAACCCGCCAGUGAACAACUAUGCGGAGCAUUGCUAUCUUCGGCCCCUCCACGGGCAGGGGCAACCCAGCGGCUUGGUGGAAGGAAUCAGCGACUUGCCAUAUUACCACCAGGCCAACUCAGUGGGAAAUCAUCACACCUAUGGGAUGGGGCCUGGAGGUGAACAGUCUUCUCAUACGGAUGGAACAUGCUUUUCUACACCCCGUAACACAGCCAAGCUAACAAAGAAGAGGGCGCUGUCCAUCUCCCCACUCUCAGAUGCCAGCAUUGACUUGCAGACUGUCAUCCGCACCUCCCCCAAUUCACUGGUAGCUUAUAUAAACUCUCGUUGUGCCUCAUCUGGGGGCUCCUAUGGACAUCUCUCCGUUGGAACCGUUAGCCCUUCCCUUGGAUACCAGAGCCCCAUGGGCCACCCGAAAUCUCAGGGAAUGUCGUUUGGCCACAAUCCACCAAUGCUGCCUUGCGGCUCUCAUGAACACAUGCCCAGUCGGCCAGGGAUGAUGCACCAUAUGCCGCCACCCCGUGGGAUGCUGAAGCACUGCCAACUGAAGUCAGAGCCCAGCCUAGGCAGCCCUCUGGAUGCCCUGAGCACCAAGUGCCUGGAGGAGUGCUCGGAGGGUGACAUUUCCAGCCCAGCCUCUACGGGGACACAGGACCCUUUACUUGGCAUGCUGGAUGCUCGGGAUGAAUUGGAGAAGGAAGACGGGAAGGUGGAAGCUGAGGCAGUGUACGAGACCAAUUGCCACUGGGAAGGAUGCUCCAAAGAGUUUGACACCCAAGAACAGUUGGUGCACCACAUUAAUAAUGAACACAUUCAUGGGGAGAAGAAGGAAUUUGUGUGCCACUGGAGAGACUGCUCACGGGAGCAACGCCCCUUCAAGGCUCAGUACAUGCUGGUUGUCCACAUGAGGCGCCACACAGGAGAAAAGCCACACAAGUGUACAUUUGAAGGCUGCAAUAAAGCCUACUCGCGGCUGGAAAAUCUCAAGACCCACCUGCGUUCCCACACGGGUGAGAAACCAUAUGUCUGUGAGCAUGAAGGUUGCAAUAAGGCCUUCUCCAACGCCUCGGAUCGAGCCAAGCACCAGAACCGGACACACUCCAACGAGAAACCCUAUGUCUGUAAGAUCCCAGGCUGCACCAAGCGCUAUACCGACCCCAGUUCGCUGCGCAAACACGUUAAGACAGUGCAUGGACCGGACGCCCACGUCACCAAGAAACACCGCGGAGACACCAUGCCCACCAGCCGGACACUGGCCCUCCAUGGUGACCUGAAACAAGAAAGGGAUACGGAGGGCAGGAAGGAAGAGAGCAAACUUAUGGUGCCUGACUCAACUUUGAAACCGCAGCCCAGCCCUGGGGGCCAGUCGUCCUGCAGCAGCGAACGCUCGCCUUUGGGCAGCGCUAAUAACAACGAUAGUGGUGUGGAGAUGAAUGCAAACACGGGCGGCAGUUUAGAGGACCUUUCAGCACUGGAGGAGCCCUCUGAGCCCAUGAGCAACUCUGGGUUGUCGGCGCUACACAGGCUAGAGAACCUGCGCAUUGACAAGCUCAAGCAUUUGCGCAAGCCCCUUUCUGCAAAGGGUGUCAAGCUGCCCUCCAUCUCGGGAACAGGCUCUGCUAGAGAGAUGCCUGGCUUGUGUGGGCCACCCUCUGCUGUCUCCCAUCGACGCAUCAUGGAGCUUUCAUCCAGUGAUUUGCCCUCCCUACCCUUGUCAGGUGAACGCCGUGGGAGUACCACCAGUACCGUCAGUUCCGCCUACACAGUCAGCCGUCGCUCCUCCAUGGUAUCACCAUAUCUGCAAGCAGGAGGUGCCCCUAAUGGAUUAGGCCCCCCUGAUCCAUAUGAUCCCAUCUCUCCUGAUGCCUCAAGGCGCUCCAGCGAAGCCAGCCACUGUGGGGGUCUUCCAGGCCUGGGACCCUUGACCCCAGCCCAGCAAUACCGUCUCAAGGCCAAGUAUGCUGCAGCGACAGGAGGACCACCUCCAACUCCACUACCCAAUAUGGAGAGGGCAGCUCAGGCCAGCCUCAUGGGAGCAUACCCAGGCUCAGGCCUGCCUCCUUUCAUGCGCAGGCAUAGUGCCAAUGAGUACCACAGUUACAGCACUGGUCUCCUCCACCCCCACCUGGCAAUGAGUCAAAAUGCCCGGCGAGCCAGUGAUCCUGCCCAGACAGUGGGCGAAGUCCAUCCGGUUCCCAGGGUGCAGCGUUUCAAAAGUCUAAGCAACAUGAGCCCAACAGGCAUUGGCAGAGCCAACGGGCAAGCGAUAGGGGGCUCGGAUGCCAACCUUCAGCGCCAUCUCUUUUCACCACGGCCCCCAAGCAUCAGCGAAAAUGUCUUUUUGGAAACCGCAGCCAUAGAGAGUGCUGGUCCAGUUGCAGAGCAAGAACUAUUGGAGAUGGAACCUUAUCUUGGCUAUCAGGACCAGAACUAUUCAUGCCAAACCAUGAGCAUGGAGCUACAAGGCAAUGCAGCCCAUCGUGGCUCACUCAGGACAAUAGGUGACUUGCAGGUCAGUCCAGCAGCUCAUGAGCAAUUAGAGGGUGGCUUUGAGCAGCCAGAUUAUAUUCAGUCCCAAUGCCAGAUGAAUAUGGCUUUCCACUCGGCACGCCAGUGGGAGAGUGAUGGCUCAGGGAUGAAUCCCACCGCUCCUGCUGGCAUGGGCCAGUGCCACUCAGUCCAAUACCCAGUACCUGGUACCAAGCACAUGGGAGUGCAGCCUGCCAAUGAGGGCCAACAUGGAACUUUCCAGCUUGGUCAACCUCAGAUUAAAGCUGAGCAGCAGUUCCAAUCAACUGCUCCAAAUCUUUCCUCUUGCCAAGGUAUGAAACAGAUGCCCUACAGUCAGACACAACCUGCCUGUGGAGGGGGAGGAGCUGGAGGUAGUGGGUACCAAGCAGAGAGUCAACCAGGCACUUGCUUUGGAAUGGGUCAUCCCCCUGGCCAAAGAUCCCAGACACCAAUGCUACAAGUCAAGGAGAUGAUGGUGCGUAGUUACGUGCAGUCACAACAAGCCCUGAUGUGGGGGGAGCAGCCAGGCAGCAAUACAAUGAUGGGAAUGGAUGGCAUAGAGAGUGUCCAGUGUUCACCGCACGAACCUUACUCUGGCUCCAAGUAUCCAGCCUACCCUGCCAGGCCUCCACAAACAAUGGAGAACAAAGCACUUUCAACCCCUAGCAGCCAGUGUUAUAGUCCAGGGAUGGUCCCACAUCCACCUGGUGGACCCAAGCCACUGAGUCGGCAAAACAGUCUGAACUAUCAAGCUAACCCUCCUUACGAACCUCACAACGAUGGUGGCCCCCACCGGAUGAUGCGCUUACCCUCUCUCCAGAGCCCAGAGGAAGCUGGAUUUUCUGGCCCAAUGCACACGCAGUUGGGCAAAACAGCUGGGCCCAAGCUGAUGAAUGCCCACCAGCGGCAUCAUCAGCCCCCCAGCUGUGUGGCUGAGGAUCCCGGUGGGCCAUACAUACAUGGGCUGGAAGUCCUCAAAUCAGACUCUUUCUCUUAUCUCCCAGAGGAGCAAGUGUCCAACAGCUUGGAUACCCUGGACUUGGAGAACACUCAUUUGGACUUCACAGCCAUUCUUGAUGACACGGAAGCCCUCAGUCCCACUUCACCACCUGGUGGUCCUGCAAAUAUGGCAGUGGGGGAUAUGAGCUCCAUGCUGAACUCACUGGCAGGGGAGAACCAGUUCCUGAACACCCUUUCUUAGUACAGUUAGGCUUACGGAUGUGAUCAUAAGGAAUGGGAAGGAGGUAGAGAGCCGUUAUGUGUCAGAAUCAGGCUGGCCAUAAGAAGAAGCAACAGUACCUCCUGCUGGGCUGGACUUCAUGACUUAAAGUUGGAGAAAGUAGCUCUACAGUGAGAGAGAGAGAGAGUCUGACUAGUUAUAUCCAUGGUACGCAGUUAUAUUUGCCAUGUGCCCUCAGACCCAUGGAAGAAGCUGCAGGGUCUUAGUUAUUGAGCAAUACCCCAGAAAUGGAACUGAUUGAAAGAUGGCUACCUGUGGGAUAAUGUGGAUUUAUUCCACACUCCUAACUUUAUCUGUUCUCUUCCCCAUCCCCAGCCUACCGCUACCCACCAUCCUGCCUUACCCAAUGAAGCCAGUAUUCUUGAAUAAUAGGCCAUCUUAUCCGCAUUCAACAUAAGUGCCUCUUCUUCAGAAUGCCUUAUACUUUAGGAGGGAAAGAUAAUAUCUGUACACCUUCUGUGCUAUUGAAUUUGCUAGCAUGGCUGUGUCCCUAGGGCUCAUCCUAUCAUAAAUCCGGUCACUCCUUAUAGGAAUGUUUGUGAAAGCAAGGCUUGCAAGUAAAUUGUAAACUUCACUAGGAAUUUUUCAGGAAAGCUCUGUAUGACCUGGACUGGCAGGAAGAUUUCUCCUUUUGGUAGAUCUUUCCUGAAAAUGAGGAGACUGAGACACUCAAAAUGAGAGAAGAUAACAUCCUAGAAUCAGCCCUAGCUUCAUUAGCUGUGGGGGCUGCUGCUCAAAGCAUCUGUAAUACAGUUAAGUCCUUCUUUGCACAUAGUUGAUAUCCUUCAGACCCAUUGGGACUUCUGGCGUCUUAGCCUGCAGAGCCUCUAUCUUGUCUGCGGCUUGGCUGUCAAAGUUUAUCCCACUCUCCUAUGAAACCAUCUCAAUGAGGAUUCUUGUCCUUAGCUUUCAUCCUGCCUUUCUUGCCAAUAAAUAAUAGGUUAAAGGUAGGAUCUAUUAUCCUGCCAGAACUCUUGCCCUGGCAACUUCUAGCUGCCAAAGUUUCCAAACAUACCCCUGAUAGCAAGGACUGGUCAUGCUUGCUGUCAAGAUGAGUCCAAUAUUUUUUCUGUCUGAGGCAAAGGCCAAGUUAUCCCUUCCCCAUCCUAUGCACAAAAGUGGAGCAGACUGACCGUUAAUGUCUGAGCCAGAAUAAAGUUGGUGCACUACUCAAACAGCUGCACUUUUUCAAGAGUUAUACAGCACAAGAAGUCUUCCACCACUGAGCAGCCUGUUUCUCUAAUGCCUGUCUUCCUUGAUUGCCACCAUGCCUUUAAUCAUUUCCUUCCUAUUGCUGUUGACUAUAAUAAUGUUGUCAUGUUGACAUGGUACACCAACAGUCUUCCAGUCACACUUCAAUCAUGAUGAUGAGCAAAUAUGGCUGUUGACCAUAUUACUGUUGUCAUAUUGACAUGGUACACCAACAGUCUUCCAGUCACACUUCAAUCAUGAUGAUGGGCAAGUGUUUUUUUCCUGAAAAUAAUGGGAUAAUUCACAGCCCAUGUGUCACAUUGAGUUCUGGCUACCAACAUCUUGCUGUUGCACCUUUUCCUGGCAUAUCUGCCAUGUAAAGUACCAUUUGUAGGAUAGGCCUUGCUUGCUGUGCAAGCUGGAGUGCAGCAUUUGACCAAACAGCACCAAAGGAUCAUUCCACAGAUUAUAUUUUUACAAUAUUCAUGUAAAUGUCCUACUCCAGCUUUUUUGCCACACAUAGGAAUGUACAUGGAAUUUACACCCAUAACUUUGUAUCUAGGGGACAUCCCUGUGUGCAUCCUUAUUGGGUUGGGGCCAAGAUGAUUUACAUGUACAACUAAAGAUUUUUUUAAAAAAUAGACAAAGAUACGUUUACACACACAUCUCACGGGUUGCAUUUGUCAGGGAGCUGGGAAUGGCUGUAGACUUAAUGGGUAAUAUGCAUUUACCGUAAACUAAUAUAUCCAUCAAAGCACUCUUAGAUGGAGAUUGUGAAAGAUAGUUAACGAGAUAAUAAUAUUCAAGGAUGGAAGAUUAAUAAGACACAGUAGCCUGUCAAAUAUCAACACAUACACACCGUAGUGAUAAAAGUGAAGAACAAUGCAAUGCAUAGCAGCAUAGUGCCUUAGACCAAAUACCUAUCAAUAAGUCAGAAAGUUAACCUAACUUAUAAGAAGCAACAGACUCCAAAAUGUGUUCCUCCCCAGUACUGUAAACAGCCUAGCUGAGAAAAAAGUUCCUCCUUGACCCCAGAUCCAUUAGGGUUGGUUUACCUUGGCGUGAGGAUCACUUGAUUACUUUGCUGAUAACUACCGUCAUGUGUAAACUGAUUGCAAUAUGCAAACAUGGAGGAGCUAGAUUUGUGACUGACACAUAGAAACACACAGAUUCACAAAAGUGUAGUGUUGCAUUGGUUGAAGGAUCACCAUUGGUGUGUGAACUGAGACUUAAUUAUGAAAAAAUUGAGUGUGUCAAGUCUACCAAAAGAAAAGUGUUUUUAGGGCAUAUUCCUCAGAUUCAUGCUCUCCAUCUAGUGUUCUUGAAUCAGGGAUGCUGUUGAAAAGCAGUGGUGAAAGAUGAAUUCUGGGACAAGCUGCUAAGGGCCGGAGAUGUAAAGACAUCCUUCCCAGGAUGUAUCAGUGUGACAAGAAAGCUGGUGGAUACAGCUUCUCCUGUCAGUCCCUUCAAUGGUCUCAUAGUUCACCCACCUCCUAUUGUCAUUGUAAGGUCCUGCAACAUUGGAAGGGAUGAUGCAUGAAUAAUGGGGCCAGGGGAAGGGGAGUGACUGGAAGGAGCUGUUACCUUUUCCUUCACAGCAUUUGGGGAUUAAAAGGUUUACAAGGUUCUCCAGAUUGCAAUCUAGCCUGGCAGUUUUAGAAGAGAGCAAAGAUACCUGCUUCUCAAUCCUGCCAACACUUGGUCUCAAAGGCAGAGAAACAGUGGAGGAAUACAGACAGCACCCUUCCAGUGGCCCUUGGCAGAGCCUGUAUUUUUCUUGGAUCCAGAUAGGCAACUGUAUUUUUCUUUGAUCCAGAUUCUGAAGCAGUCUUACAUCAUGUAAGACCUUGGUCUCUGUAGCCCGAUGGUUCUCAACCUGUGGGUCUCCAGAUGUUUUGGCCUUCAACUCCCAGAAAUCCCAACAGCUGAUAAACUGGCUGGGAUUUCUGGGAGUUGUAGGCCAAAACACUUGGGGACCCACAAGUUGAGAAGCACUGCUGUAGCCCCUUGUUGUCUACUCUGAAUGAAUGGCUUCCCAAUGGUCACACUCUGAGUCUUGUCCCAGCUAUAUGAGAAACUUCUAGAUGGAGAUGCCAUAGAUUGAAUCUCACACCUUCUGUGUACAAAAUCUAUGUUCUGCCAGUUCCCUCUUGACUUCUGUUCUGAUUAGGUUCCCACACAGGCUGGGAAAUGGAUUUUUAAAUCCCAAAUUGCAGAUCAAUAUUGUGCACCACUUAUAUAUUUCUAUGCUGAGAACAAAAGUGUUGAGAGAAUAAUUGGGAGGUUUUCUAACAAGCACAGUGGGGUAGGGCAGGGUUUUAUAGCUUUCAGGUUUGAGACAAAUAUUAGGGGAACGUGAGUCAGGUACUCACCAGUAGUGUGUAGGAUAGAUCAUUCCCUGUAGUGUGAACACUCAUCCCUGUCACCUCUGCAGAACAAGUUUUGCUAGUAUUCAAAGACAUGAUGUAUUAGUUUGAAAUAUCAACACUGUUGAGGCUAACCAAGUGAACAAAGUUGGAGAUAAACUUUUGUAGUCUAAGCCUACUUUUUCAGAUGCAUAGAGUGAGGUGGCUAGGAACAGUCAUUAUAGGCAGACUGUGUGUCUAGUUUUGGUAUGAAAACCAGCAAUAAUUUUGAGAUAAUAGAAGAGACCACAUACCACAAUUGGUUUGGCUUCUGCCAAACCAUUUUGAGCUCUGUAAUGCUCCAAUACAACAUCCCCUUAUCGUAGUUGAAGCAUUUCAACAUAGAUAUAUGCUAUGCCAGCACUACAUAACCCCCAUUAAGAAUAACAGCAUUAUAUCAUUGCACAAUUCCAUUUCACAAUUCACAACUACAAUGCACUGUUUUGCUGUAUGCCACUGUUAGCAGAAUAUGCCUGUUGAGUUGUGUGGAAUAAUUCAUCCCACUUGCAUGUGCAUUUAUCACUAACAGGGUGCUGACCAUUACCUGUCUCCAAACUUUGACCCUCUGUUCCUUUCUGCAAGGCGAAAAAGUAAUUCUGCAUACAACAGAACCCAGAAAAACUAUCUGAUACAAUACUCUCUAACUGUACUUCCAGUGACUCUAUCUUUGUAUAUCGAUACUCAAAUGCAGCAGCUUUCUAGGGCUUCAUAGGAAUCUUUUUCCAGACCUAUCUUGAGAUUUUGGGGACCAAACUCAGAGGGCCCUUCUGAAUGAGAAACAGACACUUUGCCAUAGCACUACAACCUCUACCACUGAGCAAGCAGCACCUUUGCCUUUCUCCUUGUGUCCUUCAGGUACUUAUCCCAAUGCCCUGCACCUAAGCAUCUUCUUCCUUCUAGGAAAAAAAGCCCUUAAGUUAAACAUAAGAAACCAAAGAAUAUGCCUUUUCAUCCAUUGUAGCUUUUGUUUUGUAUCUUUCUUUUAUAUUUUAGUCUGGAAGCCAAACAAACGCCUACCCUUGGGCCUGUAGAUUUUCUCAUCUAUGGGAAGGGAAAAAUAAAGUAUUAAAGCAAAAGAAAAGAAUAUUUUUUCUAGGCAUAUCACGUUGACAUAUAUUUUGAUGAUUUGUAUAUAGUAUAUAUGUGUGAGUAUUUUUUACCCUGUAAAUCUUUCUCUCUCUUUUUUUAGAGAAAACUCAGCAAUAAAUGACAAUUAAAGUAUUUCUUCAAGAAAACAAAGAAAGUGGUAAAACUGGUUCUUCAAUAUCUAUUGCAAGAGAUUCAUGGAGCUAGGAUUCUCCACCUGAAAAGGAACAUUUACAAAGGAGAGGAAAUUUCACCCUUCCAGAUGUUUUUGACAUUAAACCCCUGAAUCUUCAAUAAGCAUGGUCAAUGGUAGAGAAUUAUGGGAGCUGCAGUCCACAACAUCAGGAGGAACUCACUCUUCCUUUCUGGGAUCUAGCCAUACUUGUAUUAGGGAUUCCUCAUUCCAGAGUGUUUUGCCUCCUUCUCAUUUAGGAGUGGGCAGAAAAUGGUUCUCGGCCUCAUUUCAUGCAAGUUGCAGAUCCCAGAGA